GCACUCCCAUUGAAUCAAAUGGCUGCUGACGUGCUUGCUCUUACUUGAGCAACUCUCCGAGCAACGGUCCGCGUUUGGGCCGUUCUUCAGAACUCCUGUGGCAUUGAGCAGGAAGGCGCAAAGGCUGGCAUGUAUGGAGAGGGAGGAAUCUAGGGCCUGAGGCUGCAGCCAAGGGUGGUCCGAGCGAGUUAGCUCGGAGUCACUUCAAUGCCUGUGACCCCAAAGAACUCAGCAGAUAUUUAUAUUAUGACCCAGUUCCCUCAUCUACAACAUACACAGCCUUGUAAGGCCAAUGGAAAUAACAGCGUACAGCGCUCAAUAAAUACCACUUCCCCAACUCUCCCCUCGGCUUGGCCAAGCCCCUCCCCCGAGGCUCCCGGGACUUGACGACCGUAACGUAGUGACGUAAGAGGACGUGAGACUCUCCACCCCUCCAGCUCCGUUUCCUAGGAAACGUGGACUCCGCGUUCCACUCUUCGUCGCUGCCCCCUUGACGUCACGGCCCGGAUAGGAGGGCGGGGCGAGUGCUACCGCCAGGGGCGGGGCUGCGCGGGCCAGCCGGCCCCGCAGGCUGUGCACCUGCGCUUCGGCGGGCCGCCUAGGGCACCGUCCCUGGCCCUCCCGGUCCCACGAUGGCCAGGCCGCAGAGGACUCCGGCACGCAGUCCUGACAGCAUCGUCGAGGUGAAGAGCAAAUUUGAUGCCGAGUUCCGACGCUUCGCGCUACCUCGCGCUUCGGUGAGCGGCUUCCAAGAGUUCUCUCGGUUGCUGCGUGCGGUACACCAGAUCCCGGGCCUGGACGUGCUGCUUGGCUAUACGGAUGCUCACGGCGACCUACUGCCCCUCACCAACGACGACAGCCUGCACCGGGCCCUGGCCAGUGGGCCCCCGCCACUGAGACUGCUAGUGCAGAAGCGGGCAGAAGCUGACUCCAGUGGCCUGGCCUUUGCCUCCAACUCCCUGCAGCGGCGCAAGAAAGGGCUCCUACUCCGGCCAGUGGCACCUCUGCGCACCCGGCCACCCCUGCUAAUCAGCCUGCCCCAAGAUUUCCGACAGGUUUCUUCAGUCAUUGAUGUGGACUUACUGCCUGAGACCCACCGACGGGUGCGGCUGCACAAGCAUGGUUCUGACCGCCCCCUGGGUUUCUACAUCCGAGAUGGCAUGAGCGUGCGCGUAGCUCCCCAGGGCCUGGAACGAGUUCCAGGCAUCUUCAUCUCCCGCCUGGUACGAGGGGGCCUGGCUGAGAGUACAGGGCUGCUGGCGGUUAGUGAUGAGAUCCUCGAGGUCAAUGGCAUUGAGGUAGCUGGAAAGACCUUGGACCAAGUGACGGACAUGAUGGUCGCCAACAGUCACAACCUCAUUGUCACUGUCAAGCCAGCCAAUCAGCGCAAUAAUGUGGUUCGUGGGACAUCUGGGCGUCUGAUGAGGCCUCCUUCUGCUGGGCCUGGUGAGCCUGAUAGUGACGAUGACAGCAGUGAUCUGGUCACUGAGAACCGCCAGCCUCCUUGUUCCAAUGGGCUGUCUCAGGGGCCUCCAUGCUGGGACCUGCGCCCAAGCCGCCUACUUCCUGGUGCCCGCAGCUCUCUGCCCUCCCUGGACGAUCAGGAGCAGGCCAGCUCUGGCUGGGGGAGUAGCAUGAGAGGAGAUGGCAAUGGCUUCAGCCUCUGACAGGCAAGGAUGCAGGCCCUUGCCCCUCCAGGCUGCUGGGACAUGGCAGAGACUUCCCCAGUGGGUGUUUUUAGCUUGCUCAUGGGGCUGAAUCAGUCUGGGGAACAUUAAAGGUUUUCUACAAAUGCAGUCAUGG